AUGACCACUACAGCUCGCAGCGACUUCGCUCAAAAGCCAGCAAUGAACUCCGACAAAGAAGAGAGAGCAUAUCAUGACGAUGCAGGGUCCAACUAUAUUUUGCCCAAAGAUGCAAAAGAACACGUCCGACUCGAAGACCAAGCCCGAGCCCUGGAGACUGUGAUGAGCGGCAAUAUUUUUCAUGCUCCGGUCAACGAAGCGAAGGUGACCAAGGUGCUCGAUAUCGGAUGCGGUACAGGCUACGUGACCGAUAAGCUUGCCCGCAGGUUCCCAAAAGCAGAAGUGUAUGGCCUCGACCUAUCGCCAGUGCCAACGCUGAGAGAACAGCGUGCGAACGUUCAGUACCUUCGAGGCAACGUCUUGACACAGCAGCCUACGCUCUGGACUGGAUCUGCCGGACCUGUUCUUGACCAAGAUGAAGCGGUCUUUGACUACAUCUUCAGUCGUCUACUCAUCGCUGGCAUGACCGACUGGCAUGGGCUGCUCAAGAAAGAGUUCGCUAUGCUGGAUUCUGGUGGAUACCUUGAGCACCAUGAGGUCGAUUUUACCAUUUUCGGUGCCGGUGGAAAGGUGGCUCACGAUGGCCCACUGGAAAUCAUCAAGGCCCUAGGUAUAGAGCAGCAUGCAGGCACGAAGAUGAGGGACUGGUUCGAAGAUGCCGGCUUUGUCGAUGUCGUGGUUCACAAAUACCAACUAUCUUUUGGUGGGGCCCAUGAAACGGAUCCUGCCAUGAAGGAAGUCGGCGAAUUCUGGUAUCGGGACAUGCGUGAGGCCUUUGAAGCAAGUAUGUAUGGCGCUGCACAAAGACUUGGCAAGCCGAUAGAGGAGGCUCAGGCAGAGAUUGAUAAGUAUCAUGCUUUGGUCAAGCCCGACGUCGGCAAUUAUACCAUGAUGUAUGCCGUGUAUGGGAGGAAGCCGUAG